CCAAGCUCAAGUACGGGGCCUUCAUGGCUGAGCUGGGAUUCAUGGAAGUGAGCCUCGAGUUCCUGCUCAAGGCCAACGACACAUGGAAUGAAAUGCAUGAGAGCGAAGACGAACGAGUCGCGCAGACGUUGGAGACUGUGGCUAAGGUGCUGGCAAAUCUGAAGUCACCCGAGGCAUCGAAAUACUUCGAGCGAGCCUUGCAAACAAGUAACAGGCUGUGCAAGAAGACUGGACCGGACACAAAGCUUGCGAUGCUGCAUAACGACUGGGGGCUUCAUCUCAAGAGGGAGAGUCAGCACAACGAAGCGAUCAGAAACUUCAUGCGAGCUUCAGAGAUCUGGACGAGGAAGCUCGGAGCCAAUCACCUCCAUGUGUCGACAGCCAAUCUCAACAUCAGCACCACGUGUUACGCCAUGGGGAACAUGCAGACAGCAUCGGAGCAUGCAGCUCUUGCCAUGGAAAUCCGCAAAGAGGCUGUAGGUGUCAACCAUCCUCUAUACGCUGAGGCGUUGCUCAACUUCGCUGCUGUUGAACUUGGGAAGGAGAAAAUGGGAAGAGCCCGACGAGAAGCCGAGAUUUUAGUCCGUCAAGCCAUUGCCAUCUUCGAGAGGACUCGGGGUGGGCAACAUGCUGACACACUGUGGGCAAGGUCGUUCCUGACUGAAGGCUUCGGAGCUUCCCUCAUAGACGGAGAUGACGACACCUCUGAUGAAGAUGGGGAUGACGAGCAAGGAAAGAUCUAGCAAAUGACUUGCUGUAUUGUAAAUAUGUAUUAUUACACAACAAUGAUCAACAAAACUCAUGUGACCAAGACCCCUCGAAAGGAUGGCUGCCACUGUGUGGUUCAUGCAAAAACUUCGCAGUCAUAACCGCCAAGCCUUGGUCAAACAUGUCCUUGUUGUUCAUUGACACGGUCGUGAAAACAGCUCACAAGAUGAUACUCAGAUCCGAACGCUGACCUGCCACUGAGUCGGGGUCUAUGCAGAGUUCCUUCGCUAUCCUAAGGUAGGUACUGUAAGCCUGGCAAGAGUGAUCCAACCACGCCUAGUGAACUCUGACCCGUCAUUCUCAUCACCGUCGACAUCUUCGCAGCAAAUUGCUGCCCCCACGAAUCCCAAGAAGGUGCCUAGUCCAGUUCGUAACGCAGAAGGGCGUACGACUUGUUGCUCCUGUUGUCUUUGACCGAACUCUGUGAAAGCUGAAACCCGAGGUACUUAAAAGUAGAAACAACAGGCAUGAAGUCCGGUCGCUGACGAUCCACGUACAUCCAAACUGUGGUACAUUCCAAAGACUCUGCAACCUCCAGAAGGGAGACCAGCGACUGCUUGCUCGAAGCUGAAAUGGUUGAGGGUGCCGCAAUGUAAAACUGGGAUUUCUCACAGCUGUAGUGAGCACUCCAGUUCGCCAAAACUGUAUCUUGCGACGACUUCUUCUCCACCGAUUCAACCUUGAACGAGAUGAAGCUCGAGUCCAUCAAGGCCUCGGGCACAUCCACAAUCUCUAGUCCGCUCAGGGGGGCAUUGCCAUUCUCUCCGACCUCCUUGAAACCAAGGGUGGAGAGUUUACAGCAUACGUCAAACCCACGACGGUGGCCGACCCACCAACGUGGAGCAAGAGCACGCCAGCACCUCGCUGACGCGCCCAGAGGGAGAGAGUUUCUUGAAAACAGUCAUACGACUCUUAGUACUACAAAUGUGAUUAUUAUCAUUUUCUAACACCAUGAUAGACAAGAUCUAUGUAAGCACGUCUGACAAAGUUGAGUUGGAGUAGUUUGGCU